AUGCUCGUAAGUUCUUUUAUAGUAUACAGUGUUCUUAUCUUAAUUACUUCGGAAUAUUCACCAUUUUUUACUAUGGCUAAAAAUUUACCGAAAACUAUGAAAGCCGUAGGCUUAUAUAAAUAUCUGCCUCUGACUGACCCAAACUGUUUGUUGGAUUUAGAAUUAAAUCUUCCCAUGAUUAAAAAAGACGAGGUUUUGGUGGAAGUGAAAGCGAUCUCGGUGAAUCCUAUUGACACAAAACUACGAUCCCCGAAACCCAUUAUUGAAACUAGCCCUCGAAUAUUAGGUUGGGAUGGUUCAGGCACUGUUGUUGGAAGAGGUGACGGUUGUAAAAUAUUUAAUAUUGGUGACCCUGUAUUUUUCACUGGAGAUUUAAGGAAAAAUGGUUCCAAUGCACAAUAUGUUGCACUUAAUGAGAUCAUGGUAGGUUCAAAACCCAAAAAUCUGACAUUUGAAGAAGCAGCAGCCAUGCCUUUAACAGCUGUCACAGCUUACGAGUCAUUGUUUGAUCGUCUAAUGUUGUCCAAAAAUGAUGCCGGUAAAUCUUUGUUAAUCAUCAAUAGUGCAGGAGGGGUUGGAGCUGUAGCUUCACAAUUGGCUAAUAAUUUAGGUCUUAAAGUGAUUGGCACUGCAUCAAGAAAUGAGACAGAAAUGUAUACCUUGGAACAUGGUUCCCAUUUUGUUCUCAACCAUACUAAAGAUUUAUUACCACAGCUAGAAGAGAAGGGUUUUAAAGAGGUCGACUUCAUUAUGGUUAAUUAUGAUCCUUACCCAUACUGGGACACAAUGAUGAAAGCUAUUAAGCCGCAAGGUAAAAUUUGCUUGAUUGUCGAUAGCAGCGGCCUGAUUGAUUUGAAACCUUUGAAAGACAAAAGCAUCACACUGGUUUCUGAAAUGAUGUUAACUAGAAUUAAAUAUGAAACGGAGGAUAUGUUCAGGCAUCAUGAGAUCUUGCAGGAGGUGUCAAAGAUGUUAGACAGUGGAAUCUUAAAAAGUACUGUUACCAAAGUGCUUUCACCAAUUAAUGCUGACAAUCUAAAAGAGGCACAUAAAUUAUUGGAAAGUAAACGAAUGAUUGGUAAAGUUGUGCUUUCCGGAUUCUAAUCAGCCAUCAGUGAAAAUUGAAGCAAACUAUUAGAUAAAAAACAUUUUAUUUACUACCAAAAUUUUUUUAAUCAAUAUUCUGGAUUCCUCCCUAUUUUUAACUACAGUCACUUAACAAAAUCAAAACUAGUUUAACAACUACAACUAUGUACUUCAAAAACAUUUCAUUAACUUAUUAGUUCUCAAUCGGAAAAGUUUAAAUAUUCUAGUUGUAGAUUUCCACUUAAUAAGUUAAAAAUUAGUCCUCGGUUGACUUUAUAUAAAACAUUGUGUUACUGAGAAUUUAUGGAAAUACCGAGGACAAAGCUUGUUAUGUUAGUAUAUAAUAACAACAGAUAUUCAGAUUACUAUAAUAACUAGAAAAUGCUUGAGCUACAGCUUAAAAAGGGAUGUAGAAGCUUGGAAAGAUAUUUUUUAUUUUAGGAAGUAAAUAUAAUAAUUAUAUCGUAGCAAAUAAAUGCUAUCAGUAUUAUUAUAUCAGCUAA